AUGCCGUUGGCGCUUCACAUCAGAGAUGUGCCCAACGAGCCCACUCCGGAUUACAAAGCAGAAGCAACGUCCUGCCCCAAAGGGUGGCUGUCCUAUGUCAACAACUGCUAUGGACUCUUUCCAGACAAACUGACCUGGAAAGAGGCAAAGGAGGAAUGCAGCAGCCUGGGUCAGAGCAGCCAUCUUGCCUCCAUCCUCACUGACACGGAGCAGACAGCGGUGAACACAUACCUGACUUCUUCAUUCAGUGGGGUGGGAAAUAUCUGGUUUGGACUCAAAGACAAAUGGAAAAUUAGACGGUGGACGUGGGAAGAUGGAUCAAAGACCAAAGACUAUCGCUGGACUUCAGGUGCACCCAGUUUCUUAACAGGUUCAAAGUACUGUGCCUAUAUGAUAGAAUCUGAAGGUUUCAAGACCUGGCAAGAUGCUGACUGUUCACUGAAGUUUGCCUUCCUAUGUAAGAUGACGUCCUGA